AUGACCACUCAUUCUACUCCUUCUGUAUCGGUAGGUCUUCCAUCGCUGCCGUACGCGCGUGUCUACACGCGCUUAGGACCUACUUAUGUCGCCUCCGCCACUCAUCCUCCUCGUUCACUCCGCUUCUCUUUUUCUCGCCGGAGAUAUUACUUUUUCCCGCGAAAAUUCACCAUGCCUUCCGCCUCCGCCGCCGAUUACCCCGUCGAUGGCGAUGAGCUGAAAUUUCCGUUGGAACUUGCCGAUGAAUCUGAUUUUGAUCGAAUUGUAUCAUCCGAUGGACUUAUCACCGUUUGUGGCUUCGGUUCUCUCCUCUCAGAGAGGAGUGCUCGGAGUACAUUUCCGGAUCUGAUCAACUUCAGAGUGGCGAAAUUGAGUGGAUUUCGGAGAGUGUUUGCUCACGUGGCGCCUAUUUUCUUCGAGCGUGGAAUAGCUAAACCUGAAACCAAGGAAAUAUCAAGCUUGAGUGUGGAGCCCUGUGAAGGGGAAACUCUUAUAGUUACUAUCUUUGAGAUUCAGAGAUCAGAGAUUCCAGCAUUUAUUGAAAGAGAGCAUGAGUUUCGGUUUUUAGCUGUAAUCCCGGAAACACUAAAUGAAUUGUUUUACAUCAAUCCAGCUGUUGUUUGUGCCCGUUAUAGUGACGAGGAGUAUCUGAAAAAUAGAUGCAAAGGUGAUAAAGACAUCUUCUUCCAGCGGUAUGGACGGUACAAUAUUAACAAGAUAUGGCGAGAUGAUAUAUUCCCCUGCCGUGUCUAUCUCCGUCAUUGUGUCCUGGCCGCUCAAAAUCUUUGUGAUCUAGCCUACGACAACUUUCUUGAUCAUACCUUCCUUGGUGACCGUAGAACUACAAUACGCGAGUACUUGUCAACAAGUGGUUCUGGAAUCAUGGAAGAAGAGCCUCCAGAGUUGUUAAAAGAACAAUAUAGCGGUUGAGUCUGAUGCUGAUCGAAUGACAAGCAAUUUUGCUGACCAACUCCAUAUUAGGUUGUAUAUCAGAAAUGUUUGUGAUUUGCAUUCACAAAUAAACUGCAUUGACUUGUAGUCUGUAUUGACAAACGUCUGCUCAAUCAAAAGUGAGUGUUUU